AGAGAGAGAAGCGACCGAGAGACCACCACAAUAUGACUUGGGGGGGAAACUGGAUAUAUUAACGAUCCAGAGAUUGGUCGAGCGCUAAAAUACAGAAGAUAAAGCAGAAAGGAAGAAAAUAAUUGUAUAAUUUUUUGUUGUUGUUGUUUGCAUCAGCCCUCCUCGCAUGUUGUUCAGGAGAGACUGCAGCUCCAUCUCUACAGCGCAGCAGGAGCACAGUGAGGAGGAGGAGGAGGAGGAGGAGGAGGAGGAGGAGGGAGAGAACAGGGCAGAAGAAGAGAGAAAGCAACAGGGAAUACUCCGUCAGUUAGGUCGUCUGAGGUGUGUGUGUGUGUGUUCAGUGUGUGUGUGUGUGUUUAUGGAUGUGUGUGUUUGGAUGUUUCCAGCCCAUGCUAUAGCUCUAGCCCAUCUCUUCCUCUCCUACUCUGUUUAUUUGGGGCGUACUGGUGCGCUGCGAUCCCAUCUCCUGUCUCUAUCCUCUCUCCGUUGUCUGUGUGCCGGUGGAGCACAGCUAGAGGGGUGGUGGUGUAAUGUCUGAUUGAGCUCGCUGUGUCGCUGCUGCCGUGAGGGCCUCCGGUACUAUUGGAAAAGCCUGGGCCUAGCCUGUCUGGAGCGCCCCAGCCAACGAAGAGGUGAGUGGGUUAGUGCCAUCCCAGCUGGCGAGGCUGUGUGGAGGAGGGUGGAGGAGGAGCGCAUGCAGCCUGCAUGCCCAUGGGAAGCAGAAUGCCCGGCCGGCAGUAGCAUCUAGCAUCCUUAACGUCACGCCAGACCCGGCUCCAGAACCUCCACUGACAGACAGACGAGACCUCUCUCUCUCUCUCUCUCUCUCUCUCCAUCCCAGGUGAUGCUCUCUGGACCAAGCCCUGCUCUGUACAAGACUGGGAACCUGUUUUUGAUGACAUUAUCAUAAAAAACCCAACAACAAAAAGAAAAGGGGAAAUACUCUGAGAUCUAAACCUCCAUGAUACUACCUCCAUCCUCGCCUCCCUGCCCUGAUCGCUCUGUGUACACCUCAUUCUCUCUUCUGGACGUUCUGAGGAUUUUGCCUAAACCUGUUUCAUGCAUGUCCACUGGAGGCAGGUUUGACUUUGAUGACGGGGGGUCGUACUGCGGGGGGUGGGAGCAGGGCAAGGCCCACGGCCGGGGGGUCUGCACGGGGCCACAGGGCCAGGGGGAGUACGCUGGGGCCUGGAGCCACGGCUUCGAGGUCCUUGGAGUCUACACCUGGCCCAGCGGGAACAGCUACCAGGGCACCUGGGCACAGGGGAAGCGCCACGGUGUGGGCGUGGAGAGUAAGGGCCGCUGGGACUACAGGGGGGAGUGGACGCAGGGCUUCAAGGGACGCUACGGCCAGCUGGAGAGCACGGUUAGCGGGGCCCGUUACGAGGGGACCUGGAGCAACGGCCUGCAGGAUGGAUACGGGACUGAGACGUACUCCGAUGGAGGUACGUUCCAGGGCCAGUGGCUGGGUGGGAUGCGGCACGGCUAUGGGGUCCGGCAGAGCGUGCCAUACGGCAUGGCGGCCGUCAUCCUCUAUCCGCUCCGCACGUCCAUAAACUCCCUCCGCUCAGAGCACAGCCACUGCCCCCCCACCCUGCUGGAGGACGGCACCGGGACCGCCGUCUCGCCUGCCGACGGGGUGGUGGGGGGCGGGCUGGCCGGGAGCCCCGUGGGGAGGGGGGGCUUCGCUCUAACUGCCCCCAGCGAGGCUGACCGUCGGGGGAAGAGGAAAGGCCGUUUCCGUCAGUCGAUCCUGAGCGGUCUGAAACUGCGUCGCUCCGAGUCCAAGAGUUCGCUGGCCAGCCAGCUGAGUAAACAGAGCUCGUUCUGCAGUGAGGCCGGAAUGAGCACUGUCUCCUCCGCCGCCUCCGACAUACACUCCAACGCCAGCCAGGACGGCGAGCAGGGUGCUCCUGUGGAUGCCACCGUCACCGAGGCCUACGCCGGCGAAUGGCGCAGCGACCAGCGGGGGGGAUGGGGCGUGAGCCGACGUUCCGAUGGUCUGCGCUACGAGGGGGAGUGGGCGGCGAACAAGCGCCACGGUUAUGGAUGUACAACGUUCCCCGACAGCACCAAAGAGGAAGGGAAGUACAAGCACAACGCGCUGGUCAGCGGGAAGCGGAAGAACCUGAUUCCUCUGAGAGCCAGUAAGAUCAGGGAGAAGGUGGAGCGGGCCGUGGAAGCGGCAGAGAAGGCGGCAGACAUCGCCAAGCAGAAGGCAGAGAUCGCCCUGUCCAGGAUGAGCCACGCACGGGGAAAGGCGGAUGUAGCUGAAGGUGUGGCCCUGAAGGCUAGCGAGGAAUGCCGGAUGGCCAGGGUCGCUGCCAAGGAACUCUCGCCGUCCUUCCAUAUCUAUGAAAACGGUGAGUCCAACGGUCUGAAGUGUCAGCAGCCCAAUAAGCACCAGGACAACAAAGACCACGAGAUCGUUUCCACGGGAACUGACAGUCCCGAGCUGUGCACCCCGGACACCACGCCUCCCGUGACAACGCCUGAUCUCAGCCCGGUCCUGAGCGUCCCCCCCUCUCCCCCCCGCAGCCCUCCGCCCUCUAAACACGGCCACUCCCGCCGUCCCAGAAACGCCUGCUUCAUGCGGCAGAGCGCUGUGGACGACCAUGGUGGAGCAGAGAUACAGGUGCUGGUGGAGGGGCGGGGCAUGGAUCUCCCGAGGGGAGGAGCUAACAACUGGACAGAGGACGUGUAUCCAGACCGGGGGGGUCACAGCAGCCGAUCCACCACCCCAUCUCUACUGGAGGAGCAGGAGGGACAAGUCAAUGGCCACGAGCAGGCCCCGUCCAACCUCAAACCGAGGGAGAAGGCCUCGACCAACCACAAAUCCCGGGAGCACACUUCCUCUUCCUAUAGGUCGUGGGAGCACUCCUCCUCAUCCAACCAGAAGCCCUCAAAGCACGCCUCGUCCAAUCACAAGUCGAGGGAGUACAUGCCGUCCAAUCACAAAACAUGGGAUCAUUCCUCCACCUCCGCCAAUCACAAGGCCUGUGAGAAUGCCUCUUCCAAUCACAAGCCGCAGGUGCACAUUUCAUCCAAUCACAAAGCCUUGGAGCAUAACCUGUCCAAUCACAAGACUUCUGAGCAUGCUUCUUCCAAUCACAAGUCGUCCCAAGAUUAUACCUGCUCCAAUCACAUCCCAAAGGACCAUGUCUCCUCAGCCAAUUACAACGACCCCCGAGAGCAUGUGUACUCCAACCACCAAUCCAAGCAGCAGCACAUCUCAUCCAACCACAAGCUUAGCGAGCAUGCCUUGCCCGACCCCGGGCUCGACGGCCCCGCAGGGGGCUGGACUGCCGACGGCGCCCUGCGGUGGAGCCCUGCCCACUCACGCCUCACGGACCGAGAGGAGGAGGACAGGCUGGGAGACUACACAGUAGACAUGAGGUUCCAGCACCUGGACUCCACUACCCAGAUGUCCCCUGGCCCAGGCCCCAAUAGCAGGCUGCGCCCGCGGGUCCUGCGGCUGGUCAAGGAGGGCUCCAUGGACUCUGUACAGAUGCUGGACACUCUGAAUGUGGGGGCGGAGCAGGAGGAGUGGCCCCUGCACAGGGACCUCACUCUCUCCCCGCCUCUGAAGUCUCAGCCAAUCACCUUGGAGCAGGACGGGGAGCACCUCACCCUCAAAUCAAACUCAGGCUCCAGCUCUGUCCUGGUGGUCAUGGUUAUUUUACUCAACAUUGGAGUAGCCAUCCUCUUCAUCCAUUUCUUUAUUUAACCUUCCUUCUCUGAUCUACUAAGUCUUAUUAUUAUAUUAUAAAAGUUAUUAUUGCUACAGACAUGACUCUGCCACCUGGAGGCCGCAGCGUGGAGCGGAGGAGUGACGACGGACAUCGACAGCAUCGUCUUUCUGCUGUCUUCUUCUCUUCUCUUGAUAUUGAUCUCAUGUCACAGACUCAGUUAAGAUAUAUCACUCAACGGAUUUAUCUGUCUGCCUUGAGUUUCUAAAACACUACAGUUUUCUUUUAUGAAUUUGCCUUUUGUUGUGCUUGCAAACCACAUUGAGAGGUGUCGCAUUACGACUGUGGAAGGGAAUAAAACAGCAGCUGUGAGACGGUG